AUGAUCACUGAAGAAAAACACAGAGAUGGCAGAAGAGGAAUCCUGCUUUGUUCUCUCCUGGGACUGCUGUGGAAUACCGUGGCCGCCCAAACCCGCUACUCGAUUCCCGAGGAAAUGGAGAAGGGAUCUUUCGUGGGCAACAUCGCCAAAGACCUGGGACUGGAACUGAGCGAAUUGUCUGAGCACGGAGCACGCAUUGUCUCCAGAGGUAAGAAGCAGCAUUUCGCUCUCAAUGUCAGAAGCGGCAGCUUAGUCAUCGCAGACAGAAUAGAUAGGGAAGAGCUCUGUGCAAAAAGCGUCCAGUGCCUGAUGAAUUUUAACGUUCUGGUUGAGGACAGAUUGAAAAUUUAUUCAGUGGAAGUGGAAAUAAUUGACAUUAAUGAUAAUGCCCCUCGCUUUCGGGAAGAGGAAUUAGAACUAAAAAUCAGUGAAACCACAGCUCUGGGAACCCAAUUUAUUCUAGAAAGUGCCUAUGACGCGGAUGUGGGCGUGAACUCUCUCCAGCGUUAUGAAUUGAGUCACAACAAUCACUUUUCUCUACUUGUGCAAAAUAAAGAUGAUAGAAUCAAGUACCCAGAGCUGGUACUGGAGAGGGCCCUGGAUCGCGAGGAGCAGCCUACCCUCCACAUGGUACUUUUAGCCAGGGACGGAGGAGAGCCAGUCCUCUCUGGUACUGUUCGAAUCCGAGUAACGGUCCUGGAUGCAAAUGACAAUGCCCCCGUGUUUACUCAAUCUGCGUAUACAGUGAAUGUCCCUGAGAACGUGUCCCAAGGAACAGUGCUCCUCACAGUUAAGGCCACUGAUGCAGAUGAAGGAAGUAACUCCCAGGUAAAAUACUUUCUAGUGAAAAUUCCUGGAGAAAUCUCACAAAUAUUCCAACUCAAUUCUUUGACUGGAGAAUUAUCAACUUUACAAAAUCUAGAUUAUGAAGAUGCACAAUUCCAUGAGAUGGAUGUGGAAGCUCAAGAUGGUCUCGGCUUCUGGGGUAGAGCUAAAAUUUAUGUCACAGUUUUAGACGUGAAUGACAAUGCCCCAGAAGUGACCAUCACCUCUAUCACCAAUUCAGUCCCUGAAAAUGCUCCCCCUGGGACUGUAAUUGCUCUGUUCUACGUGCAUGAUCGAGACUCUGGUGAAAAUGGUGAAGUCCUGUGUUCCAUCCCAGGUGACCUGCCUUUUAAAUUAGAAAAGAAGGUGGACAAUUAUUAUGCACUGGUGACCGACUGGACUCUGGACAGGGAGCAGGUGCCUGAAUACAACAUCACUGUGAGAGCAGAAGACUUUGGGAGCCCAGCUCUAUCUACAGACACUCACAUCUUCUUGCAGGUGGCAGAUAUCAAUGACAAUCCUCCCACUUUCAGUCAGUCAGCCUACUCUGCGUACAUCCAGGAGAACAACCCCAGAGGAGCUUCCAUCUACUCCUUGACUGCUCAUGACCUAGACAGUGAGCAGAAUGCUUUAGUCACUUAUUCUAUCAUUGAGAGUGACCUCCCUUUGGAGGCACCACCCCUGACAUCCAUUGUCUCCAUCAACUCAGAGACUGGCGUCCUCUAUGCUCUGUGCUCCUUCGACUAUGAACAAUUUCGGGAAUUUCAGCUGAGAGUAAUUGCCAGGGACUCUGGGGACCCUCCUCUCAGCAGCAACGUGUCCCUGACUCUGUUCAUACUGGAUCAGAAUGACAACACCCCGGAAAUCUUGUAUCCCAUCUUCCCCACAGAUGGUUCCACCGGAGUGGAGCUGGCCCCACGCUCUGCAGAGCCAGGCUACUUGGUGACCAAAGUGGUGGCAGUGGAUGCAGACUCUGGGCAGAACGCCUGGCUGUCUUAUCGCCUGCUCAAGGCCACAGAACCUGGGCUUUUCUCCGUGGGCCUGCACUCAGGGGAAAUCAGAACUUUCCGGACAUUCCAGGACAAAGAUGCCCUCAAGCAGAAUCUCAUCGUUGCAGUAACAGAUAAUGGGGAACCUCCCCUCUCUGCCACUGUCACUGUCACUGUGGCAGUGGCAGCGGCUGACAGCAUCCCCGAGAUCCUCUCAGAUCUCAGCAGCCAAAGCUCCCCUGAAACUCAGGAUGAUUCUCUCCUCACAUUUUACCUGGUUAUAGCAGUGGCUGUUGUGUCCUGCUUGUUCUUUACUUUCAUUGUCCUUCUACUGGUCCUCAAGGUGAGAAAAUGGUGGAUGCUGCAAGUUGUCCAGGCUACAGGUAACCAUGUGGGAGGAGUUGCCUCCUCCCAAUUUUUGGGAGUAGAUGGAGUGAGAGCUUUUCUUCAAACUUAUUCCCAUGAGGUUUCACUCACUACGGAUUCUCGAAAGAGUCAGUUGAUCUUUCCUCAGCCCAAUUAUACAGACACCUUGAUAAGUCAGCAGAGUUGUGAGAAAAAAAUACCUUUAUUAACAUCAGAACAUGUUGUUAUAAAUAAGGAUCAAUCGACUUCUUUUCAGUAUGAAUUUACUGAUUUGCAAGAUGGGACAUGA